CUCGUCUUUUACUUGCAGUUUACUGCCUUCUCCUCCAAACCUGCCCUCACAGUUGACUCCUGUUUCUGUCAGAAGAAAGUGAAUAAGAUUAAAGGACAUGUUGUGGAGGGGCCUGGCCGGACUGUCCUGCUGGAGUCUGGUGAUGCUGAUUCAUUGUUUGGCUGUUACAGACGCGGCGCUCAGCUGCAGCUCCACCCAGUUCAAGUGUGGAAACGGGAGGUGCGUCACGCGCAGGUGGGUGUGUGACGGGACGGACGACUGUGGGGACGGGAGCGAUGAGCUGGAGUCCACCUGUGCUGCCAAGACCUGCGCGGAGUCGCAGUUCAACUGCGGCCUGCCCAUGAACCAGUGCGUACCGAAAAGCUGGCACUGCGACGGCAAGGAGGACUGCAACAACGGGGCCGAUGAGCGAAACUGCACAGCGAAACAAUGCAAAGAUAACGAGUUUCGCUGCACCAACGGCCAGUGCAUCGCCACCUCCUUCGUCUGCGACAGAGACGCCGACUGCACGGACGGCUCGGACGAGGUGUCCUGCCCGCGGCCCACCUGCAACCCCCGCUCCUUCCAGUGCAACAACUCGGUGUGCGUGCCGCGGCUGUGGCUCUGCGACGGCGACACCGACUGCCUGGACGGCUCCGACGAGUGGGCCGAGAACUGCCCAGACAAGGUCGCGGAGAGGUCGCCGCGAUGCUCCGUCCACGAGUUCGAGUGCGCCAGCGGCCAGUGCAUCCACAGCCGGUGGCGGUGCGACGGCGGCGUGGACUGCCAGGACCGAUCAGACGAGCUCAACUGCAGUUUCUCCUCCUGCUACAAGGACCAGUUCCGCUGCUCCAACGGCAGCUGCAUCAGCUCCAGCCUUCGCUGCAACACCGUGUUGGAUUGCAGCGACGGCAGCGACGAGCACGAAUGCUCCGCAGAAGCCUGCGAAGGCCCGACCAAGUUCCGGUGCCGCAGCGGCGAGUGCAUCGACAUGGAUCUGGUGUGCAACAAGGACCGAGACUGCACCGACUGGUCCGACGAGCCUGUCACCGGUUGUGGCAGAAAUGAGUGUUUGACGGGAAACGGCGGCUGCUCCCACAACUGCACCGACCAGAAGAUUGGCUUUGCCUGCUCCUGCCCUGCCGGGUACCGACUCAAGGCCGACAGUAGAACCUGUGAAGACAUCAACGAAUGUGACGAGCCCGACACCUGCAGCCAGAUCUGCAUCAACCUGCCCGGCAGUCACAAGUGCGACUGCGAGGACGGCUUCGAGAUGGACCCCGCCACCAACGCCUGCAAGGCCGUGUCAGGCUCGCUGCCCACCCUGUACUUCACCAACAAACACGAGGUGAGGAUGAUCACGGUGGACCGCAGCGAGUACGUGCCGGUGAUCUCGGAGCUGAAGAACGCCGUGGCUCUGGACAUGGACAUGCCCAACAUGAUCCUGUUCUGGUCCGACCUGUCUCUGAAGAGAAUCUCAAGCUCCAGGGUGGACGUGGCGGGGAACGCCUCUUCCCACAGCGUCGUCAUCGACAGCGGACUUGAGGCUCCCGGGGGCAUCGCGGUGGACUGGAUCCACGGCAACAUCUACUGGACCGAUAGCAGGUUGCAGACCAUCUCCGUGGCAACGACGGAUGGCAGCAAGAGGAAGACCCUCAUCACAGAGAACCUGGAGAGGCCCAGAGCCAUCGCAGUGGACCCCAUCAAUAACUUCAUGUACUGGACGGACUGGGGAGAGAACGCCAAGAUUGAGAAAUGUGGGAUGAAUGGAGUUGCUCGCGUCGCCCUGGUGACAGACAACAUCGUGUGGCCCAACGGCAUCACCCUCGACAUGAUCAACCAGCGCCUGUACUGGGUCGACUCCAAGCUGCACACACUCUCCAGCAUCGACGUGAACGGAGGAACCCGGCACAACAUCAUUUUCAGCGAGGAAACUCUCCUCCACCCUCUCUCGCUGACCGUCUUCCAGGAGAGAGUGUUUUGGACGGACACCGGCACCGGUGCUCUUUACAGCGCCAACCGCCUGACGGGGCGGGACAUCACCGAGUUGGCGUCAGACCUGGAGCAGCCGGAGGACGUCGUUCUCUACCACAGCCUGAAGCAGCCAAGCGGGAUUAACUGGUGCAGAGAGGGCAACAGUGUGAACGGAGGCUGCGAGUUCCUGUGCCUUCCUGCUCCCAUGAUCAGCGAUCGCUCUCCGAAAUACACCUGCGCCUGUGCUGACGGCAAGAACCUGGGUCCUGACAUGAGGAAGUGUGUGAAAGCACCCGUUCCUGCCAAGAACAAGACUGAUGCAUCGCUCCCUCCACCGGCUGCCACCACCAAGUCCACAACUACAACCACAACCACAACUACGACAAAGUCCACGACUACCACGACUGUCAAGCAGGUCCCAGAGUUCGCCGCCACUGCUCAAGGAAGCAGGCAAGCAGGGAUGCCCGAGGAAGCACCUUCAUCGCACUCGGCUGCUCUUUACAUUGUGUUGCCGCUGAUGGUCAUAUCCCUGCUGGUGUUUGGUGCAGGGUUGCUAUGGAGACACUGGCGCACCAAGAACACCAACAGCAUCCACUUCGACAAUCCCGUGUACCAGAAGACCACCGAGGACGAGGUGCACAUCUGCAGGAACGGCUCCGACGGCUACGUUUACCCCGAGAGGCAGAUGGUGAGCAUGGAGGACACCGAUGCGGCAUGACUUGAAGAUUGAGAAAACACUAGCCUUCCUGAAAGAUUUUAUUUCUUCCCUCUCUGGGGAAACACGACCUGCUGCUGUUCAACCGCCCCGCUUCCCGUCCCUCCAUGACUUCAUCCUGUGGUUGGUUUCCGACCUCGGCACUGUGCCGUCCGAGCCCACGAGCGGCUCCCUGAAACUUUAGCACAGCAAACUGAAUCAGCAAGCCUUUUAAGCCCGACCACGUAAUUAUUUCAGAGCGAAGGACGAGUUCACGAUACUCCUCGCUCUUUUUUUGAUUCUUUCUGAAAACUCACCAUUUAAACUUUCCGAGACGCACACGCUUCCUGCAAGCAGCACACGUGUGAAAUCCUGCGCUGUACGAUCACGACGCCUCGUGUGUGUGUGUGUGUGUGUGUGUGUGUGUGUGUGUGUGUGUGUGUGUGUGUGUGUGUGUGUGUGUGUGUGUGUGUGUGUGUGUGUGUGUGUGUGUGUGUGUGUGUGUGUGUGUGUGUGUGUGUGUGUGUGUGUGUGUGUGUGUGUGUGUGUGUGUGUGUGCCUUCCAGCCACGCUCUUAGCAGUUUGGUGAAGCCGACUGGACGCACUUACUUAGAAAAUGCCUUAUUGAUCCAUCUGCCUUCACGAUGGCGGCCGUCGGGGCGCCGCGCUCAUCCGGGAAACAGGGUCGCUAUAGCAUCCGUUAUACUCUGGCUUAAAAGGAUACGUUGCAUAAGAUAACAUCUUUUGUUGUCACUGUUCUCCUUGUGUAAAAUCCCAAACAAGGAUAUCUGUGUGUGUGUGUGAGUGUGUGUGUGUGGAGUUACAGAUGGUUUACAUUUAAAAUGACGAAGCUGCUUAGUUUUCUGACGUCAACCAAAAUGAAGAAGAUGUUCUCUAAGAUUAUUGCCUUACUGAAGUUGAUUUAUCACAAACACUGUAAAUAGAUUCUGUAAAUGUUUUGUAAAAAAGAAGGAGAGAAAGAAAAACCUGCUCAGUUCAUCCAGAAAUGUGCACAUGUGUGAUCGACUCUUAUUUAUUUAUUUGCGGAAAAGGCUCUUGAUUGCUGUCAGCCGGCCGCGACUGCGUGGAUGUCCUGUCGUGUAAAUGUGAAAGAUGCACUGAGGUGUUUUUGUCCGACCGACCGCCGUGCAGCUGUUUUAUUUAACUUCUGUCAAUCAAACCUUUGAACAGCGGCUCAGUUUCCUGCUGCCGAGCUUUACUGUCGUAGUACUGUGCUGCUGUCCUUACAUCAUUGUUGUUGUGUUUAUUUUUAUCUUUAGAUAAUUUAUUUUGUCUCCUCCGCUCUGUUACUGUGAUUUUUCAUGGUUACGACGCGCAUCACGAUGUUCUCCUUCACCACAGAAUGUGUGUUAAAGUUCGUAGGGUUUGAUUCUCGGCACUCUGGUUGUAAAUGUACAACUCUUUAUUUAUGUUCGAAUGGGUUGUUUUCUUUUUGAAUAAAAGAGUUUUAAAUGCU